CUCGAGCCUGCCUUCUCAGCUUCGUCCAAGACUAUCUUCUAGCCGUAGCACACUUUUCGGAGUGAUCUAUACUAUCAACGUUCAUCGACGAUGAUCUACGCGACGCGAAUUCAGUUUCUUCCUCUUCGCGCGCGCCAUCGCAAAGGUCAUGCGCGUAGGAUCCGAGACUGUUCCUCCGAGGACUAUCUGCGGGAGGACUAUUCGCGGCGAGAUCGACGGGAGAAACUGCCGGUUGUGACCCGCAGCCGUGUGUCCCUUGCCGAGCUACUCAAGAAGCUACCACAGGAGCUCCUUGAACAGGUUUUCAUAUGCUGCAACGACGAAGGCCUGCCGCAAUCCACUCUGCUUCCUGCGCACGUAUGCCGGACAUGGCGCUCGAUCGCGUUUAACGAGAGGCGCAUGUGGACGAAGCUUUCGGUCACAGACGAUCAGUCCUGCGGGGCGGGGUCCAUUGAGCAGCUGCGCGCGUGGUUCCAGAGGGCGAGCCCACUGCUCGUGGCCGUGACUGUCGCUGUGCCUGCAGAGGACCAGGAUCAGGACCGGCUUGACCACUUUCUCUUGGACCAUCGUACCCAGCCCCUUACAGGCCAAAUCCGCGCGCUGGAUAUCACGGCGGCGAAUGAGCGCUGGGAACGCCUGGCCGCUCUGCCGACUGAUGCAUUUCGCUCCCUCGAGAAACUUCAACUGAAGGGCGACGUCGUCUCGGCGAGCCUGCUCCCCCUCGGGACACCCCUCUCUUCCCUCUCGUACACACCGCACCUUCGUACGUUCGCCGUCGAGGGUCUUGUAGACAUGGUGAUGAGCAGGAUGGACACGAUCUUCCCUAUUCGGUGGUCGCGACUGGAGCACCUAUGCCUCGCUGGGGUACAGAACAUGCACGGAUUCCCGGAUGUCUUCCGGCAGUGUACCUCGCUGAAGACUGCUAGCAUCACUACCUGGGACUCCGAAAAUGACAAUUCGUCGGCGAGCCGGGAUGCUGUGCCUCUCCCGCAUCUCACGACGCUGGAGAUCAUGUUCUGGGAGUGGCCUGUCAAGUGUAUGAGCGCGGUAUCCCUUCCUGCGCUGAAGCAUCUUUCCCUCACCGACACCCGGUCCAUGGGCUUUAACUCGUGGGGCGAUCUCGUAGCGCUUGCAGAUCGCGCCGCAGGGUUAGAGGAGUUGCUAAUCGAUGGCCUGGAUAUGAAGAACCACGAGUCGGAUUUCGAGACGCUGCUUACCCGCCUCCCUCGCCUGCGUGUCCUCGAGCUGUCCUCUAUCGCCAUGCGCCCGGAACACCUGCUGCCUAUAUUCUAUCGCGCGUCCUCCUCCUCCCAGGCCGAGCUGGUGCCAGAGCUACGUCGCCUGUACCCCCAGGGCACGCGCCUCCUUCAGCUGCAGCACAAUCGCACGUACAGCCCUGAGGUGUACAACACGUACGCCAGGGCAUACGGCCUCAUACGCAAGCUCCUCGAGCAUCGCCUGCAAAGCCCACACUUCCGCGACUGCACCCUGACCUGUACCUACCCCUUCUAUGUGGAGAAGGUCCCUCUGGACAUCUGCCAGAGCGACGUCGUGGCUCUCGGAAACCUGAUCACCAAGUGGCGGGCGAGAGCGCAGCUCCAUGUAGACGGUAUGUGGCAGAUGGAGAAGCGCAUCUUUGGGAACGUUGUAAUAAUGGGGUGGUAAUUUGUAAGACUUGUGUUUUCUCACAUGGCUCCUCAUGAGUUUAUCAGGCUGAUGUAUCGCAUCCAGUUUACAGUGUUACAUUUAUGUCUGAAGCCGAGAAAGAGCGUGCGCAGGUAGCUCGCCCAACCCGACCUAUCUAGAAUAUUACCAAAAUACUGCAAGCGAAUACACUAUAUACCUAUGA